AACAAGCAGGGCGGGGGAAGUGCCUUCGUGCUCACUAUAAGCACCAAAUUGUGCCCCUAUUGGCUAAGAGCUAGGGCUCAUGGUAGGAGGGAGGAGAGGCAAAAAGCUGAUUGGUCGACUCUUUGUCAAUUUAAAAACAAACCAGCUUGAAAGAGUAGGUGGCCGCGAGGCUGAAGGGGGCGUGUGUGGGGAGAUUUUUCUCUUGCAGAACGGUCCUUUAAGUGAUUCCCAAUCAAUAAAUCCUGGGAUUCUGUGGGCUUUCUUCCCUAGUAAUUUUACAUGCAUAUAAGUCAGUUACUACUGUAAAUCAUUCCGAUCCUGCAAGUUUACUUGGAAUUCCCGCUGAGUUUAUCGCCAAUAAGCUUUCUCGAAAACAAGUUCGGCUGUGCUGAAUGGGGCUUCUCGAGUAAGUGCGAGAAGCAUUAAUAGGAUAUGACCACCUUUAGAUGGGAAAAAAACCACAUCGACUUCGGACCUAUCUCCAUAUAAAAUGCAUUGGAUCAGGAUGAAGCUGUUAGUUUCUCCUUUUGGAAGAAUGCCAGUUCCUAUCUUCCUAGUUGCAGCCGAGAGGCGAAGCAGGAAGUAAAAAAGGAACGACCAUAUUCUAUAACGGAGAGGGGAGGAUGCAGUAACUUAAGUGCUGUUUUCGAGCAAAAGCGCUGCAUAAUGGUGGAUCUCUAACGUCUGUCUUAGCACAGAUCCCUUAGCACUGGCCAAAAGGGAGAAUGUAUACAGAAGGAACAACACGAAGUAACAGGUAAAAGACAGGACGUACCACAGAUCCCCUGUCAGGCAUGGAGCGUGCCGGUGGGUGGUUUUGAAAGCACGGGAUUGCAUGGCGGUAGGUAGCUAGCAUCUUGGAUUCAGCGUUGGAGUCCUGCUUUUGGUUUGGUUUUCAUGAGAUCGUCCAAGCUAUGGAACGUGGCAGUGUUGCUGGGCCUGAUGAUGAAAGUGGUCCUGGGGGCUUUCGUUAUAGAUGUGGACAUCUCACGGACCGAAAGAGAACUGAGGCACUUCUGGAAAAGCACAGGAUAUUGCCCUCCUUUACCACACAGUAGAGCAGAUUUGUUUAAUCUCAGUAAAGACCAAAUAAUUAACCUGGCCUAUAUUUCUUCUGUGCCACAUGGUGGCAUUCAACAAGUUCGUGUCCAUUGGCUGUUGGAGCUUGUCCAAGCGAGGGUGGCCAAUGGGACACUUCAUUACAAUUUCACCAGCCUGGAUAACUUCAUGGAUCUUCUUUGGGAAAACAAACUACAUCCAGGAUUUGAACUCAUGGGAAGUCCUUCAGGAUACUUCACUGACUUUGAAGAUAAAGAGCAGGUGAUACAUUGGAAGAACUUGAUUGUACAAUUGGCCAAAAGAUACAUUGAGCGGUAUGGAUUGAAACAUGUUGCUAAGUGGAAUUUUGAGACUUGGAAUGAGCCAGAUCAUCGUGACUUUGACAAUGUGUCAAUGACAGUCAAUGGAUUCCUCAACUACUAUGAUGCUUGUUCGGAAGGAUUAAGACACGCAAGUUCUCAACUGAAACUGGGAGGCCCAGGAGACUCCUUCCACCCGUUUCCAAAGUCCCCAAUGUGCUGGAGCCUACUUAGUCAUUGCUACAACGGAACUAAUUUCUUCACUGGAGAGACAGGAGUCCGACUGGAUUACAUUGCCAUGCAUAAGAAGGGAGCUGGGAGUUCUCUUCACAUCUUAGAACAAGAAACUGAAGCAGCAGGAGAAAUCCAGAAGCUGUUCCCUGGCUUCACCUCCGUGCCCAUAUACAAUGAUGAGGCAGAUCCAUUGGUAGGAUGGUCAGUUCCGCAGAUGUGGAGAGCUGAUGUAACCUAUGCAGCGAUGGUAGCAAAGGUUAUUGCCCAGCAUCAAAAUCUACUGAUUGCUAAAGCCAACAACACCAUCAACUACACUUUGCUGAGCAACGACAAUGCGUUUCUGAGCUACCAUCCCCAUUACUUCACCCAGAGGACCCUGGUGGCACGCUUUCAGAUGAACAACACCCAACCCCCACAUGUCCAGAUGGUGAGGAAGCCAGUGCUCACUGUGAUGGGCUUGCUGGCUCUGCUAGGGGAGGAGCAAGUUUCUGCCAACAUUGACAGCCAUGAAUCUGAUGACUUUGACACUCUUGGAGUACUCGCCAGUCUGCACAGACCUGAUGAGCUGCAGCCAUCAGACAGCUGGCAGGCAUCCAUACUCAUCUGUUCCAGCAAUGAUAACCAGACAUCCACAAACAUCAGCGUGGUGACAAUAAAUGUAACAAAUUGCCCCAAACACAAAGAACUUGUGUAUGUGACUUACUACUUGGAUAACCACCUGACCAACCCAUAUUUGCAGUGGAAGAAACUGGGAGCUCCAGAUUUCCCUUCUCUGGAGCAAUUGCAGCAAAUAAGAGAUGCUGAGGACCCCGUGGUGAGAGGACCAUUUCCACUUCCUGAAGAAGGCAAUUUGAUAUUGAAACAAGAUCUCCCAGUUCCAGCUGUAUUCCUCAUCCAUAUCUGUGCAAGACCUUCCUCUGUUCCUGAUCAGGUGAGUGGUGUUCGUCUCAUCGGUCUCAUAAAAGGGCAAGUUCUGGUUACGUGGGAUGACAGUUGUGUGCAUUCCAAGUGUUUGAAAAAAUUUGAAGUGGUGUUCUCACAGGAUGGGAAAGCAUACCACCCGAUCAGUGUCAAAGCCAGCAUAUUUACAGUAUUGGUCUAUAGCCCAGGAACAACAGUCACUGGAUUUUACAGAGUGCGUGCUGUUGAUUACUGGGACGGGACUGGCCUGUUUUCUCUGCCAGUAUACUACCAUGAGACCUCUUAAGAAGGAGCCAGAGUGCCCUGUAGAGAUCUCCUCCAAAACGGAGUAUAUGUCAGACUCACAGACAUGUACUUUGAGCCAGGAGGCAGGCUGAAAGUGAUAAUCUGUGGCAGACAACCGGGCAACCUCCCGCCGUGAUCAGUUACUCAGACUGAGCAAAUGCAGCAGCUCUGGGAGCUUUAUAUCAUAGGCCUUCUUGUAUCACCGGACUUCCCAGACCAGGAAGAUUAUGGGCUGUGGUAUGAAUGCCCUGACUGGAUCUGUUCCUUCUGGUGGAAGAGGAAGCCAAUGGCUGGUUCACAGAGUUUCCAGCUCAAGCGCUACAGUACCCACAGAUAAGCAAACAUAAUGCUGAACAUAUGCAGAAAGAAGAAAAGUGAAGCGACUGAAAGAAUGGCAUGCUGGAAACAUGGAGGGGCCGAGGUAGAAAUACCAAGCUGCAACCUGUACUUAAAGGCACAGGGCCAUCAUUUUAAGUGGUGUUCCUAUAAAGCCACAUGAAAACCGGCUUUUCAGGAAUAGACUUGCAUUUUCUGUAUUUGCAGAUUUAUGGAAAUGCAAAUGUUCACCCUGGAUGCUUAAUAUAAUUUUUAAAACUGCACAUUAAUAAAGUUUUAAAAUAAAGAAA